UCAUCCUCAUCACCAACAACUUUCAGUUUCAUUCUCUUCAUCCUCUCAAACAAUCAAUGGCUUUGAUAAAAUCACCGGCGGCGAGGCUCGCAGCAGUGACGGUCCUGAUCUCGCUCCUCUUUGCGGUGUCGCACGGCUACGGUGGCAUAGUCGGCGGAAGGAGGCCGGUCGAGGACGUGAAGACGAACAAGGAGGUGCAGGAGCUGGGGAGGUUCUCGGUGGCGGAGUACAAUCGCAUGCAGAGGAAGAGCUUACGGAGCAACGGCGGCGGAGAGCUUCAGUUCAGGGAGGUGGUGGAGGCGGAGACUCAGGUGGUUUCGGGGAUCAAGUACUAUCUCAAGGUCUCCACCGUCAGGAAUGGAGGACCUCCUUUGUUGUUUGAUUCUCAGGUUGUCGUCAAGCCGUGGCUCCGCUCCAAGCGAUUGCUCAACUUUGCGCCUCACAAUUAAUUAAUCAAGUUUUCGAACUAAGGGGUGUGAUCUACUCUAAUUAAUUUCUGUGUGUUAAAUUAACACUGUUAAUGAUAAUAGGUGCCUAGGUGGUGUUCUUUACUAAUCUAGUUGCAUCUGAUGGUUCUGCGGGUACUGUGUGAUAUUCUAUCUGGAUCUAUAACGCAGUUCUUGUUGGAAUGAAUAAAUGAAUAGCUCCUCGAUCUCUGCUAACUUAUUUUUCUUGUU